AUGGCAGGAGGCCCCCCUAGCAUCGAGGAGGAGCUGGAAAUAUCCUUGGCUGAAGAACUGGGUCAUGGAGGCCAAGGACAAAAUCAAGAGCACCUGGUGAUAGCAGAAAUUUUGGAGCGUGGAUCUCGGACCCGGGGUGCUUCCCAUAAGCGACAAAAGUUGGAGCAAAAGGCUGCUGGCACUGCUGCAGCCCAGUCAGUUUGGUCCAAAAGAGAGGUACUGUAUAAGGGCCUCAGACUCCAGAUGCCAACAUCCCGAAUGUUGAGAGAACAGGGCCGUGACGAUGCCCAUCUCCAGGAGUAUCCUGGCAACUUCCAAGGCAUGAGAUUCCAUUAUGAGCGUAAUCCAGGGGCAGACAUGAUGACAGAUAUUAGCCUGGAAGAGAUCAGUGGACUGGAAAUGGAAGUCAUGAGAAAAGAGCUGUACCUGAUCACCGGGCGUCUGAACGCCCUGGAGGAGCAGAGUGCCACCUGGCGCCAGAGGGAGGCUCUGUUCUUCACUCUGCUGGCAUCGGCUUGCAUCGCCAACCUGUGGUUGUGGUUGCGCCAGUGA